AUGGACUUUUUACACUCUAGUGGCUCCCAACCUCGUCUUGCUCUGUCUGUGUUUGUGCUGAUGCUGGCAGCCGUCACUCUCAGUGAAGGUUUGCGCGGUUCUGGUUUAAAGAAAUGCUGCUUUCGUUUCAAUGAGAAACCAGUGCCUAAAGGCCGAGUGGUCAGCUACAUCAGGACCAGCCAGCAGUGCUCCAACCCUGCUGUGUUGCUGAAGACAGAGGCAGGUCGUCAGCUGUGUGUCAGACCAUCAGCUCCUUGGGUGAAGGAGCUCAUCAGCCACCUGGAUGCCAAACUUGUCCCAUGGGAGACAUCCAACCUGUAACCGUGGCAACACCACUAUCAGAGCCUCCAGUGAACAAAAUCUGGCUGGUUAAUGUGGAAUAAUACUGCAGCUUUUCAAACUAUAACUUUUCAAGUAAGAGGUGUUAAAUGCAAAUAUGUUACUAUCCCCACUGUAACAUCUGCAGGUGGA